AUGGAUGGGUCCAACUUUGGGAUCACCUACAAUCUUAGAGAGUAUGCACCAACUGAUCCGUGUCUCGGAAUCCCGGGUCCUCUCGUGGCGAAUCCGACACCACCGCAACCAUCGCCUCCGGUAUCGGAAAACAAUCGUGGCCCAUUGCUCAGUGACGAUGAGUAUAAGACAAUGCUAAGCGCUCUUCCCAUUGGGUUCAAUCUUUCGAGAUAUCGCGACGAAGCGCGACGGCAAUUAGCCGAGCAUCACAAGAAGGUGCUCAAUUUGAUGGAGAUUCUUGAUCCAGAGAAAAGCGAAGAUAGUAGCUCAAAUCCGCCAACAACGUCGAAUAGCGUCAAACCGGAACCAUAUGAUCCGUUCGAGUCGCAAUUGGCAAGCUCAUCGAGUUCUGCUGUCGAUGUCAAACCAAACGUGAAAAAAUUGCGUAUGUCAGUUGAAGGUUCGAGCGAAUUGACCGAUGAGCGUGGUCGAGUAAUUCCGCAAAAAUUGAAAAAGUUUUGCCAAGACGCGGCCGUCUAUGUGCCGACGAAAAUCGCAAAGGAUAAUACGAGCAUUCGUCCGAACAUCACAAUUAAAAAGGAGCCGAGCAGCAACUUUAACUCCAACGACAUCGCUGAUGAUGAUGAGGAGGGAGAUGACAUUCUAACAGUUCGACGUAAAAAGAUAGUCAACGAGAGACUUGGAAUUGUGGAAUGUCCGCCGCCGGCGAAACCAAAAGUUUUGAGCAUCAAACGCGAAAAUGUCGACGUCGAGAUAGCAGCUCCAACAAAAGAAAUCGCUGAUGUCAUCUGCUUGAGCAGCGACGAUGAGUCGCCGCAGCCAUCGUCGUCGGUGUCGCCAUCGCUGCCGUCGCCAAAUUCUGUGAAUUGCGACGCAUCGCCGAAUCGUGAUCUUCCAAACGAGCAACGAGCUACUCAUUGCUCUUCAUCAUCCACUGCACGACAUAUAACACGUAAGCCGGAUCGACGUGCUCGUCGCACCGGUUCGCCAAUCAAAUCGACGACUACGACGAAAACCAUGAAAAGUCCGAUUUCUUGCGCUAGUUCGGAUUCGGAAACAGAUGAGAGCUUUGCUGAUGAAGUGCGGACACCGACAAACUCGAAUCGCUCAAAUCGCGGAUUGAAUGAAGCUGAGAAGACGAUGAGACGCUCAAAGAAAUCAACGACACCGAAACCCAUGAGAAAAAGGGUUGUGUGGUCGGAUUCGGAUGAAUCGAUGGCGUCGUCACCAUCGUCAUCGUCAUCAUCAGUCUCGUAUCUCGAGGAAUCGUAUUCCGAGUCAUUCGACGCAUCUGAGGGAAGCGCAACGAACUCGGACACGGACAGCAUGAAAGACUUUAUUGUGGAUGAGGAUGAGGAUGAUGAACGAUAUCGGAGGAGGAAAUCGCGACGAGGUCGAACACAAUCGUCUGAAGACGAAUAUUUGCCGAGUGACGUUGAAGUACCGAAGAGGAGGAAGAAGAAGAAGAAGAGCAGCAAACCGUUAGCCCGAAAGGCGGGAGCUAGCAAGAGGGCGAGACUGUCGCCGGCAUUGAAUACUCGUUCAAAAGUUUCGUCAAAGACACCAUCGACGAGACGAACUAGAAAAGAAGAUUCUCGAGGAGCAUCGAAUUCCAAAGAGGAGAAGCUUCAGGGAAGAGACCGAUCGACGACGAAGGAGCGUAUGAGACCAAAGGAUAAGGUGAAAUCAAAGGAUACCGAACGAUCGAAGAGUAAGGAACGAAAGCGAUCGAGGAGAAAGGAGAAUUCAACGUCGAGUCAACGGAACGAUGGUCCGAAUGUGAAGCAGGAGCGAAAAAAGACUUUACUCGAGAUUGCGGCGGAAAGGCGACGCAUUAAAGUGCAGCACGCGAUACAACGAGUCGAAGAAAAAGCUAGAGAUAAAAUGCGAUUAAUGUUGUCGGUUCAUCCGCAACACAUGAAAGAAGAAGAAGCAUUCCGGAAGUCAAAGGAGCGAGUGAAGAAAAUUGAAAAGACGAGACGGCUCACCGAUGAGGGUCCGAGUAAUAAAAAGACUAGAAUUGAUGCUGUUGCUGAGGAACCUGGCGAAGAUGUAAAUGCGCCGCCUAAACGAAUAGCGCAUACGCCGUCGGGCAGAUCGUCGUCGGGUAGCUCGUCAAAAAUCGUGCCACCGCCAUUGCCGAUGAGCCGGAAACGCGUGUUUUAUGAGGAGAAUUAUAAAAAAUCGUUUGAAGAAGCUGAACGGCGAUCAAAGCAGGCCGCUGAGGAGGCCGAACGGCUAAAGAACAAGAAAUAUCUCACUCAGGAGGAAAUGUUUGGCGAGAAACGGUCCAGAAUUGGCUCGACGGCGAAAGGUGAAGCGAGAGUGUCGAGACCGAUUAAUGCACUCAAUCCGAAGGUCCGUGUGAAAAUGGAGCCUCCAGAUUCGCCAACGUCGGCGAAAAAGAAGAAGCUUGUUGAGAGGGCACCACCGAAACCAUUGGAGCCGUUUUGCACAAAGGUAUCCAUCGCGAGUCGACAAAAUGCGAUUGCGGCGAUUUUCAAAGAAGUGCUCGGAACUGAGACGAAUGAGCCGGAGAAAGAGGCGCAACGAUUGGAGCUGGAAGCGCUUCACGGCGGAAAUCCGACGCAUUACAUGGUUCGAGUGACGCAGAAGAUAAAGAACUUGCGAAAUUUGAGCAAUCAAGUGGUCAUCCCGGUUUCAAGUCAUCACGGUAUGAUGACGUUUAGCACAUUUGAUCGCGAGCUUAAUACUUGUCCAAGCAUUGAUAAAGAAAAUCGUCCAGAAUCAUCGUGGUCGUCGUCGUCGUCACCAUCGAAGCCACCAUCACGGCGGGACGAGAAGUGCAGAAUGGAUUAUAUGGUGACGAGUCCUGGUGGCUUCAAUCCAUAUCCGAGCUCAUACAUGCUCGCGCACCAUGCCGCUCCACAAUAUCAAGCGUACAUGCCGACAUCGUCGAUGGUGCCACAACAAUUGACGACGCCACCACCGCCACCACCACCACCACCACCGGUUCAGCGAAUGGUGUGCGAUGCUUCUCAUGGCUAUGUGCACCAUUACGCUUCACCGCCGCCACUCAGUCAACAACAUCUGAAUUUCGGUUACUAUGCCGUGCAGACGCAAAACCAUUAUCUCGGCGCACCGUUUCAGAACUAUACGGGUGUCACUUAUUUGACUAGCCAACACCAAAUUUUAAGAUCGUAUCCAUCGUCGCCGGAGUCGCCAAAAGAUGCUGUUUCGCAUGACGCCAUCCUUUGCGGGCCGAAACGCGACAAGAUCUCGAUCGGUGUGCACAGAAAGAAUCGCGAGAAGGAGAAGAAGAUCGAUGAUUACACACCCGAAGAGCUUUAUGAAGCGUUUGGACGAUUUCGGCAGUCGGAGAGCGUUCUCACUGAGAACGGCUAUCCGUAUUUUAUCAGCGCGAGUCGACGCGUGAAAAUUGAGAAGACGAUUUUCGAUAAAAUUGACAUCUGGAUUGAUGAUCAUGACCGCGCGCGCGUUUGUUGCCGCUGCAAAGCCGAAUUCCGAUUGAAUCCGGACGGCACGAUUCCGCGACAGGAGGCGGUGUGCCGCUAUCACAAUCGCGGUGCGGUUGUUGGCGGCAAACGCGACACGUUCCGCAAAGUGCACGCGUGCUGCAAAGAGGACUGGAGCCACGAGGGAUGCAAAUUGUCCGACAUUCACGUGUUCGAUCAGCAACCCAAAUCCGAAUUGGACAAAUUCAUCGCGACGCCGCCGCCGACGGGACCCAACGAUCCGAGGUCGAAGAAGAUGUUCGCGAUCGAUUGCGAGAUGGUGUACACGAUGCGCGGGCCCGCGUUGGCGCGGCUCUCCGUCGUCGACAUUAACAAUGUGUCGGUGCUCGAUGUGCGAGUCAAACCGCCCGGUGAGGUGCUCGAUGCGAAUACCGAGUUUUCCGGGUUGACCAUCGACGAAGUGAAUGCGGCCGAGUUUAGUUUGGAAGAGUGUCGCGAGAAGUUGUUCAAGCUAAUCAAUUCGGAGACAAUUUUGAUUGGCCACUCGCUCGAAUCGGACCUGAAGGCGCUUCGAUUGGCGCAUCUCAAUGUCAUCGACACGGCGAUUGUGUUCCAGAAUGGCGGUGGAAAUAAGAAGGCUUUGCGAUCGUUGGCUGCCGAGCAUUUGAAGCAGUUCAUUCAGCAGGACAACGAUGAAAUCACGGGACACGAUUCGAAUGAAGACGCGCGAGUGUGCAUGGAGCUUCUCAAGUAUCGUCUUCAGCAUCCGGUCUAA